UUGGUACAUAUACGCAAUGCCAUUGUUUUCAAAUAAAUUCUCCCCCAAAAAGACCCCUACAAGAAAAGUAGGAGUUUUCUUAGCGAACAAAGAUUUCAGUCCGAAACGUAUAGAAAAGGAACUGGGACCUAAUGUUGGUCCUAUACAUUUAAAAUUAGGAGACCAAGAAACUGUCUUUGAAUCUGGUUCGUGGAUCCCAGAAUCUGGUAAAAUCGGAAGCACGUACAAAGAAAAUGAGAAAUUAAAAAAGGAAGUAAAAAGAUUGGAAGAUGAAAACAACUUAUUAAAGCUAAAAUUUGAAGUACUUCUUGAUAUGUUGACACAAACAACAGCAGAAUAUUAUUCACAGAAGGAAGAACUAGAUAGACUAAAACAGAAAUUACCAUACAACAAGAACAGAGAUUCUUGAUAUAAAGAGCACAUUAUCAUAAUUCAUCCUUUCUUUUACAUAUCGAAUU